AACGACGAAACCCACAUUUUUUUAUAAAUAAAUGAUUUAAAUACACCUUUUAGAGUGUCAGGAACUCUACACAAAAAUUCUCUAAUUUCAUAAUUUUGUUUACAUCAUAAAAGCAUCUAAAACUCGCCUGGGGAGGGGGUAAUACGUCACACAUCCCUAGACUUUAAAUUUGAGCCGCUACAAGGCGCCAUUUCCGCUCCAGUGUCCAGACCAGUGUGAGGUUAAUCGUCGGAAGUAAUCCAUCAUUUUUUCUGUUUAUUUACUUUCAUGCGUUAAAAAUCUAUCCUAUUGUUUCAUAUGUUACGAAUCUAUUUUAUCGUUUCUAUUUUUAUAAAUGAGUCCAUGCAGAUUCAUUAUUGCUAGCAGGUAAGCCGACGAGGGUCGUCUGCUCCGAAGAUUAUUCAACUCAAGAUAAACUAUUCCAGUAAAUUAUUCCGGAGGAAUUCAACGAACAUCGAGGAGAAAUGAGUGGGGAGCUGCGUAGGGAGGUACUCAAAAUAUUUAAAAAACUGCACAGAACAAGAUUGUCGACGUUCGAAGGAGAUGAAAAGUCUCUCAAUCUCACUAGACAGAAGAUUAAUGACGAAUACAGAAAAUAUAAACAUGUGACCGAUCAAGAUGCCAUAGUUGAGUUGAAUAAAUUUGCUCUGGAUGUGGACCAUGAGCUUCGGACGUCGGUAGUUCAAGCUGUGGAGAAAGCGCCUGGGAGAUACGAACUGAAAAUCAAGGAGGAACAUCUGAUCGAUAACUUUCCAGUCCCAGGAACACCCUUGCCCACCUCUGGAAGGAGAUGUGGUGGGCCAAAAGUCAAGACAUAACUCCAACAAUUCGUAUUUCCCCAAAUUAUUUUAUUAUCACAAUAAACUGGUAGAAUUAAAGAAGAGAGUAAUCUUCAGUAACAAUAAUACUUAUUUAUUUAUCAUUA